GAAGAUUCUUCAACGACACGAUGGACGUCGCUACGGAACUAGUGUCGACAUCCAACUUCCAUGCAACAUUGCUUCCCGGUGAGCUAUCGGUGAUUCAGAUCCCUCCUGCACAUGUCCGCGCAUGCUGCUGGCCGCUGCUCAACUUGCUGCUGUAUGGAGAAUGCAGUCUCAACUGCCGGGAAGCUGACGCUACGUCCGGCGACCACAUUUGCCGCCUCCAGCAAACCGAACUGUUCUCGAUGGUGGUGGACAAUGACGGCAUCACGUUGUUCGUCGAUCCCAAUGGCAUUAACAUGUUCAAGGCCGCCAACUUGCAGGACAAAAUUCACACGGCGCCGCAGCAUUGGCGCGCCAUCCAGAUUCAUUUGGGUCCCAUGGUUGCCGAAUUCCCAGGAGUUGUGAGCUUUCUCUCCAAGCUCCUCGCCGAAGACAACAUUAGCAUUCUCAACAUGAGCACGUACGACACCGACAUCAUCUACGUGCAGGCCUGCAAAUUGGACCUGGCCGUGGCGUGUCUGCAGCGCAAACUGUCGCGGGGGGUCACGGGGCUCAAAGCUGACAUGGAGUCCGAGUGCGAGCUGCGGCUGGGCGUCGACCCGAACGUGCUAUUUGACUACAAAACCGUCGUGGCUUGUGGGCAAUAUCUGGCUGUGUACCCAGAACGUAUGGUUCUCGUUCGUCUCAAGAAAGAGGCGCUUCGAGAGAGUGCGUUUGGGUUGACCCAGUUGGUUCUGCGGUCGUCCUCGUCGUCGUCUUCCACCACAGCAUCGUUCUGGUGCUAUUGCGAAACCGCCGAAGAAAUCAGUUUGAUUCUGGACGACGUGCGUCGUUCGUGGCCCAUCGGGAGUGUAGUCCAAGGUCGUCAUGUGUGUAUGUUGGUAGGAAUGCCUGGCGAAUUUUGCCGAGCACGCUGUGAUCGUGUCCCACGACCGGUGGCGCGUGAUCAAAUUGUGUGGGAAAACGUACGACUUUGACGCGACGGGCAUCGUGGCCGCCAUGUCGGGCCUCAACGCGGUCGACACGCAGGUGCUCAACAUCUCGAGCUUCGGCUCGAACGUGACCCUCGUGCUGGACGAGGCGCUGGACGCUUCCGUCGCGAGUUUGUGCGAGUCGCUCAAGUUGACACGCGUCGAGUAUCGAGGAGUAGGACGAGGGGAGACGGGCGACGUUGUUCCGUGUUAAAUAAACGGGGGGGGAGUUCUAGUGGUCUAUGUGUGUACAGUCUGGCUAAGGAUGCAUGGGUUCGUCAUGACUGCAUCUUUCUAAGAUAAGUACGGAGUCGGGGGGGGGGGG